GAGACUUUUCCUGUCAGCGGAUCCGGCUGGUCCUGCCGGCGGGCGGUGGGGCUGCACCCCGCCCCGCCGCUGCGCCGUGGUGCGCCGGGCCGGGCCGGCGGGUAGCGCCGCGCCGCGCCAUGGGGCUGCUGGAGCGCCUGCGGAAGGAGUGGUUCAUCGUCGGGAUCGUGCUGGUCAUCGCGGUGGCGCGGCUAGAGCCCGCCGUCGGCGUCAAAGGGGGACCGUUGAAACCAGAAAUUACCAUAACUUACAUUGCUGUUUCAGCUAUAUUCUUUAACAGUGGACUCUCCUUAAAAACUGAGGAGCUGACAAGUGCUUUGAUGCAUGUGAAACUACACCUUUUUGUCCAGAUUUUUACCCUUGUGUUCUUCCCAACAGCAAUAUGGCUCUUUCUUCAGCUAUUAUCAAUCACACCUAUAAAUGAAUGGCUUUUAAAAGGCUUGCAGACAGUAGGCUGCAUGCCACCUCCUGUGUCUUCUGCAGUAAUUUUAACCAAAGCUGUUGGUGGAAAUGAGGCAGCUGCUAUAUUUAAUUCUGCUUUUGGAAGUUUUUUGGGCAUUGUAAUAACUCCACUUCUGCUUUUGCUUUUUCUUGGAUCAUCCUCCUCUGUGCCUUUUACAUCUAUAUUCUCGCAGCUGUUUAUGACUGUUGUAGUGCCCCUUAUUAUUGGACAGAUUGUCCGAAGAUACAUCAAGGACUGGCUUGAAAGGAAGAAGCCUCCAUUUGGCACUAUCAGCAGCUGUGUGCUCCUGAUGAUCAUCUACACAACAUUCUGUGAUACUUUCGCCAAUCCAAAUAUUGACCUUGAUAAAUUUAGCUUGAUUUUAAUAGUGUUCAUAAUAUUUUCUGUUCAGAUGAGCUUCAUGUUUCUGACUUUCCUCUUCUCUACAAGGAAUAACUCUAGUUUCACACCAGCAGACACAGUGGCUAUCAUUUUCUGUUCCACACACAAAUCCCUCACCCUGGGGAUUCCAAUGCUGAAGAUAGUAUUUAUGGGUUAUGAGCACCUAUCCUUAAUUUCCGUCCCCUUACUCAUCUAUCAUCCUGCUCAGAUUCUUCUUGGCAGUCUAUUGGUACCAACAAUAAAAUCUUGGAUGGUUUCUAGGCAAAAGGCACUGAAGUUAACCAGGCAGCCCAAAGCACCUGUGAAGGUAUAAUUACGGAGAUGGCCGUCACAGUGAAUGUAUAUAUGUACUAUACUGUACACACAGACAAUUGAGACAACUGGGUAUUUGUGAAUGUUGCUUCAGUGCAUAUUUUAUUUUUAUAUAUAUAUAUAUAUUAAAAAGAUACCUGUUAAGUGCCUUACAGAUGCAUUUUUGGCAAAAGCAUUGUUUCCAGAAGCUACUUUGUUGGUUACUGCAAGAGGUUGUACAGUAUUUUGGAGUCCUUUAGGUUUUAUUUUUCUAACGGAGUGAAUGGUCAUGACUAACAGCUGUUUCUUCCAUUGCCCCUGCUUUUGAAGCCAGGGUGCACCAGCUGUAAGACUCUGUUUUAAACUAGCCAAAAUGACCAGAAGCUUAUCCCACUGCUGGCUUACCCUGGGGAAGAGCUUUCUGAAGGUUUUUUUUCCAAGAUUGACUUGAAUUUUUGUGUGACUCUGUUACACUCCCUAGUCAUAUGACUGUGACAUGCCUUUUUCUUCUGAGUUUGUGUAUACUCAGCAUGGGGCCAUCCAUUGGAUAGAAGCUGAGAAGCAUGAAUUAUUUGCAUUUGUUGACACAGUUGUCUAGACAUUCCUUCAAAGUUAAUGGUUUCUCAAGAAAAUUCUUUCAAUUCCAUUGUAUGAUAUUGUGCCAUUGUAUAUCUUAAAUGCCUCAUAAGCUUCUUCAAAGAAAUGGUCUGGUGCUUGGGUUAUGAGUGAAGUAUUUGUGUUUGCAGCUAGGAGAUCUUUUAUAAUUUACCCCUGAAGAACACAAAUUCUUGUUUUUCUUUUUUCUUUUCCUUCCCCUGAUGCAAUGCAUGGAGAUCCGCAGUGACAGAAUUUAGGAUGCUAAUAUUCAGCAGAGCCUUUAUUGUAGUAAGCCAAGCUAUGUUUUCUAUAUUGUUGCAUUGUUAAUGAAUAAUAGCUUGUGAGGACAAGAAAGUUGACAAUUUUUUUUUUUUUCCAAUUAAAAGGAUUCUUAUAGCAACAGCAACGCUGUCUUAGCUGAUUUGACAAUCAGUCACAACUUUUUUAAAAAUAAAAUGUUACUCUUUUUAAUAAACUUACAUGAAAAAGAAUACAAGAUACUAUUUCUAAGAGAAAGGAAUACAAGCAUAUACUUAAACAUAGUCAGCACUGCAUCUUGUCCAGGAGACUAAGAUGCCAGAAGUGUACUCUAGUCCAGACUCUGAAGUGUGCCCAUCCACAAAAACUAUGCUGGCAAUUGUGCAUUAAAACAUUAAAAGGAAUGAAAGAAACAAGUCAAAGUGGGAUCAAUAUAAAUGCAGAAGUUUCAUGUGUGGCAUGGUUAGCAUUGCAGUUAAUCGUGCAACUGAGUGCAAACACCUAGGAGCAGAUCUUUAGCAGAUGUAAAUUAUCAUACCUCUGAUAAGACUACAGCCAUUUACACAAGCUAAAGAUCUUUUGUAUGACAGUAGGCAUGUGAAAUUCGUAUCCUUUUGCCUUUGUGAAAUAAUCUGUGUUUGGUUUACCUAGUCUGUUAUUCCUAGUCCAUUACUCCUGUGAACAACAGGAAAGUAAUCUGGUACCAAUCAUCAGUGCUUUACCUGAUGGCCAGUCAGUGCAAGACUGCUCUGUUGUCACCCAUGAGAAAAACAACUGGGAGCUGACAGCAUCACUUUGUUCAGCAUUGUCAUCACCAAUAAAAUGACCAUGUAACAAAGGUACACUGAGGUGGCAACAUGCUGGAUUCUUGUGUUCCCUGGCAGGGGAUCAGGCUGUGCACACUGAGCAGGUGGCGGGGCUGAGGGACCCGUGUCCCCUAGGGUUGCACUCUGCUCUCACCAGCCAGUGAUGCCAAAGGGCAGUGGGCAGCGAGCUCACGCUUUUGAUGAGCACACCCGGAGGUAGCACAGUCACAUCCACCAGCAGGCCAACCUGUCAGGUAAUUGGAGAGAAUAGCGUGCGUGUUCUUGGACCAAAUUCAAGGUUCCCCUUCUUUAAGCCUGCUAGCCAGUAACUGGCUCCACAUGAGGAAAAAAAUCCUUUGGGCUUAAAAACCCUCCUUGCAACGGAGAGUUCAGACACAGGACGGUGUGGUUUUGUUUUGCUUCCAUAAAUCUGAACUUCCAGAGUACGUAAGGACUUAAUCCCAACCCCCACUGAAACUGAUGACUCUUUCUGUGGGUUUUGAGUGGCAAAGCAACAGGCCCAGAAAGAGUGCUUGCUUCUUUUAAGGAUAUAGGAAGACUUCAGGCAUACAGUAACGUACUGUGGUUGUGUCAAUGCUAAGUAGUCAGAUCACUGCAAGUACCCUUACUGAGCUACCUCUGCGUACUGAACCUCCAACUUCAGUGCAUCCAACAACUUGCUUAGAUCCACUGAACACAUCCUUUUUUCUUCAUUGAUUUUUUUUCUGUGUUACAGAAUAUUUCAAACUGGUUUACGAUGGAGUUUUGUUAGAGCCUUUACAAAGUCCUUGUUAAUUGUUUGGGGCAGCCUAAAUGCUGUGUAUGAGUGUUGGAGGUGUUAAUCUAAAGGGAAUAUAAAGCAAAACUGAAAUACAUAUUUUAAAUCUGUACUUCAUUAUGCAUAUCAAUUCUGUUAUGUUUAAAGACUGUUAAGAUGUUUGUUUUAUGACUUGUUAUUAUGCCUACUUGUUAUUAUGUCUUUAAUAAACAGAAUGCUUUUGAGUUUAAUUUUGUUAGUAGGAAAACAAGAUAAAAUUACUUAACCUGUAGGUCAACUUUUACCUCUGUUACCUGUGUUUUGUUCUUUUGUGGGUAAGCUUUUAAACCGUUUGCUUGUUCUUAAAAAAAAAAAACAAUCUGUGAACUGUACUGAAAUAUUUUAUGAACUAAAUUUGGGGAAAGAAAAUCCUCAGAAUACUGCAAAUUAUCACUGACUGAAAAUUAAUUAAUUGAACUCCACCAGUUUUUCAGUAGAGGGUUAGAACAGUUCUGAAUCUUUUCAACUUCUUGGCUUUAAAUCUGAGGGAUAUCGGCUACUGAACAUAAUCAGGCAAAACUGAUGGUAAAUGAGAACUUUGCCUAUAUUAAAACAUAAGGAUUUUCUUGAUCAUCAACACUUCUUACCUUCUGUGUAUCUGUACUCCCAUCUAAUGAUAGCAGAGGAAAAAAUGCCUGAACAAUAAAAGAGCACUUCAGAGGUCACAGGGAAUCCUAGCACUUUGUGUUGAGUUACUCAAACAUUUUAUUUCCCUUUUUUGUGCACUAAAUUGAGAAGCUUUUGAUGACCUCAGUAAUAGGUCCAAGAUAAAUCACUUUUUAUGUAGUUAAAAUCAAAACUGUGGUUGUGUUUUUUCUUAUAAAUCCUUUAGUUAAUGCAAAUAGGUUAUAUGACAGAAAAGGCAAUCUCAGCAGAUGCUGCACAGUUGUGCUUGUUCACAGAGCGAAAGGAGAGUGAUCCAGCAGCUUGAUUUUACAGAAGUAGUCCCCUACGUUAUUCUGGCAGUCAGGGAGAGAGGAGCCAUUAGUUUUAUUUGUGUAUGGUUUUCUGUGGAAAUAUCUUGACAGCAGGAGGUUAGAAGGCAAGAUGAAAUAUUGUCUGUCUGCAACCACAUUUAUUUAUUUGCAAGUGCAUAUGUGUAUAAGAGAUGAGCGGUUAUAUAUGUAGAAAUCAUUAGAAAGGACCAAGUCCCUGGUAUACAUUUUUUUUGCAAGACUGCAUAUGGAGAAAGAGCUACUUUUUUGAUGUUACUCUGACAUUAAAAAUGAAAUUUCAGACAUUGAA